GUCUUCUUCGUCAGUUCUGUCGUUGAGCUUCCUAACGUUUCAUAAGUUAAUCUUUACUCCGCUAGUCCACUGAAUGUUCUGUUAGGUUGAGCUUCUCCAACGUUUCAUAUGGGUUUUUUACUCCGCUAGUCCACUCCUUUUAGUCCACUCCUUUUAGUCCACUCUCGUGUUUAGUCCACUCCUUUUAGUCCACUCUCGUGUUUAAUCCACUCCUUUUAGUCCACUCUCGUAUUUAGUCCACUGAAUGUUCUGUUGCUGUGCGCCUCCUUUUAUAAUAAAAUUUGAGGGGAUCUUGAAGACGCCCUGUGCAAGGUGAUGUGAUUCACACAAUCCAAUCAGCGUUGUAGGUUGUAAGUGUGGGUUGGCGUUAGAAGCUCGGUCCAGCUCUCAUACUUUGUUUACUUAAGGCCGGUGACGCACUAGUUAAGUUGGUCUUUUACUUAAUCGAUCACUGUUAAAACUUGUUCACAACUUAAAAUAUUUAUCAUCAACUUAAAGUACAAUUAUCAACUUAUUACUCUGUGAACCGUAUCUCAACUUAUAAACUAUUUUACUAAUAAUUUCAUCGAAUUAAGCUUUUAGUGACGUAAGGCUUCAAGUGCUUAACCGAGCAAAAUAUAACAAAGACAUGAUUGACAUAAACUAGUAUCCGCCUAGAACUUAUGUUCUUAAGUCGUGACACUUGUACUUUGUACGACAUACUAUUGUUUCGGAGGAAAUCCCAUGGGCUGUCACCUCAUGACAGGAAAAGUAAUUUUGUGAUUCCGAAGGGUCAUAAUAAUAUUUACUUUACACUUCAUUUUGUGUGACAUGUUCCCCAAGUAAGUUCCUCGUCGAUAUUGACCUUCUAUUUCUUAACAAUGCUAAAUUACAUUAUAUAUACGCAUUUCGUAACAUACGUGCAAGAAAGCAAAUCUAUUACAAAAGAAGUUGUAAUUAUAGUAAACGUUUUACCAAGUAAUAUCGUAUUAAAUAUGGAGAGAGAUAUAGUACUUAGGAAGGCAGUGGCUUUCUCUUUGGAGAAAAUGGGAAGGAAAGGAACUCAGUUAAAACCACAACAGUUCAAAACUAUAAAGAAGAUAAUUAUCAAUAACGAAGAUCCAGUGUGUGUUUUGCCAACUGGAUACGGGAAAUCUUUAACAUACCAGCUCUUACCAUAUGCAUAUAUAUGACUAUUAUCUGUCUAAAACGCAACUCAAGCAUGCCGGUCAAACACAGAACAUUGACCCUUCUACAAUUACAGUCAUCUCGCCGUUGAACGCCCUUAUGCUAGACCAAGUCAACAAAUUGAAAGAAUAUGUCAAGGUUUGCAUCCUUAAAAUGGUUCCUGAUGAAAAUCCUAUAGAUAUGGUAAAAAAAUCUCGCGACCAAGCCAGAUUAUAUUCGCCCAUCCGAAAGCAUUAAUAGACAACAAACUUGUUUUUCAUAAUCUCUCAUCCUCUUUUAAAGAGCGUAUUAAAACUAUUGUUAUUGAUGAGGCACAUCUAGUUGAAGAAUGGUAAGUAUAGUUGCAAUAAACUUUUAAUUAAAUAUAUCCAACAGAUAGUUAAAGGAGCUGUGUCACCUCGUGCGCAUCUUUUCUGCGCAUAACAAAAAUGAUCGGAAAUUGUCGGAAAUCAUUCGGAACAAAUGUCGCCAUACGGAUGAGUGAAGCAAAACAAUAUGAGGAAAAUCAAUAUGCAAGCCGUUGUGAUUGCAAAAGCUCGUGUAGCACCAAGAGAAAGGGAAAUAGAGGCUGUCCAUGCAAAGGGAAUAACUCAUUGUGUUCGAGCGAGUGUAAAUGCGGUACCCGUGCAAAACCUUGCAAGAAUAGAGAAAUAGUAGAAAAUCCCGACAGAGAGCGAGACGACAGAAGCAGACCAGCAGCACGAACACGUGCAAAAUCAAGCGGCGGAGCGCAAGGUUUUCGUUUGAGCCACAAUCCCAUGGAAUCCGAGGAAAGUCAGAGAGAAAAAGAGCACAAGGACGUUAAGGACUUCAUUGAUACAUUGGACGAGAGUUUGGUGAGAAAGCUUGCAAUUCGAGGCUUGCGCAGGGGAAUUGGUAGCAUGGACUACAUACACUCCUUGUUACUAAUGGAGGAUGACCUGGAUGAGGCUGGUGAUGAGAGUCAGUUUUGGCAUGGAACCUCCACACAAGAUCCAGAGGCACAGGAUCAACCAAAUGAGCCACCCACCCAAGAUCCAGAGCACUUUGGAACAAAUAAGCCUGACUGGUGUAAUUGUGGAAGAUGUCAACCCAUGCCACAGGAGGUUGAGAACAAGUGCUGUAAAUUAAAAAAAUGCAUCACACUUUCUUCCCGCUUCACAAAAUUAUGCCUCGACCCUGAUGUGCUGGAGCUGUGUAUAAGAAAUACGGGAGAUAUACGUAAUGACAGGGAAGAUAAUAGCACAAGAGCAUUUAGAAAGGCAGCAUAUAGACAAUUUAUUUUGGCACGGCAUGGUCACCUGGGCAGGGGUAACAGACGAGUAUGCCCCUCAUGUGUUGUUUUAAAAAUUAAGGAACGUUUUCCAUCAAUCACAGGAAUUUACAUGGGAUUUAGGGAACACUAAGUCAGAUAAUUUUAAAUGGGGACAAUGAAGUUUGAAACAUAAAGGGUUUCUUAAAAAGAAUUGGGAACUCAAAAGUAUUUUUUUGAAACUGAAUAUUUCUAGCACACCAGGGGCUGGUUGUAC